CUCUCGGUAAGAAAACAAAGUUCUGUCAAUCUGUUGUGUAAUCAGGUAACAGUAAACGGGAGUGUUAGCCGGCGAUGUCAUCAUCACCUGAAAGCUGAUUUAGAUUCGUUCACAUAACUAGUCUUGGUAUAUGUAUAUACCAUUCAUAUCUCGUACAAGUCAGGACUCGAUUGGUCGCCGUUGAACCAGUAUUUACACAGUGACACACUGAAGCUCCAGUACAGCUAGAAAACACCAAUAAAACAUGGAUUUGGCCGAAGACGAACCCCACAUUCAAAACCCCAGGAGUGACGGUCAAAGUGUCACAAUAAAAUCAGCCAAGAGUUACGGUGGUAUGAGUGAUGAUGCUCAAAAUAGCGACACAGAAAAGAAUGAGACGAAUGGAAAAGACAACACAUUUUCUUUCAGUCGUGCUCCUAGACAACAAAAGAUAUUACUUUUCUCUAUGGGAUUUGUAAAUUUUUGCGCCUGUACGUGUUUCUCACUUUUGGCUCCAUUUUAUCCAACAGAGGCCGCCUUGAAGGGUGUAUCACAGACUGUGGUUGGCCUCGUGUUUGCAGUGUUUGAAUUUAUCAUUUUCUUAACUGCACCUGUCUUCGGUAACUAUAUAACAAAGAUUGGGUCCAAAUUUAUGUUCAUCACAGGUGUUAUGGUUUGUGGAGUGUGUGCUAUAUUAUUUGGACUGUUGGAUAAAUGUCCGGACGGGAACAUCUUUAUCAUUAUGUGCUUCCUCAGUAGAACUGUCGAGGCACUUGGAGCAUCUGCGUAUAUCACAGCCAGUUUUGCCAUCCUGUCCAACGAAUUUCCAAACCAUGUGGCCACGGUGAUUGGCUCUCUAGAGACAUUUAGUGGUGUAGGCCUGAUGGUAGGACCUACUAUAGGCAGUCUCCUGUACGAGGCUGGAGGGUAUGGUCUUCCCUUCUUUACUAUGGGGUCCAUUCUUAUUGUCUGCGCCCUUAUUAGUGCUUAUGCCAUGCCAAAAAUUAAUGAUUCUGGAAGUGAUAACAGACAGUCCAUGUUGAACCUAUUACGGAGUCCAUUGUGUGUUAUAACAGGCCUUUGUAUCAUCUGUGGAGCUUAUGCACUGGGAUUCUUUGAUCCUACAUAUGCUAACCGUCUCAAAAAGCUGGAUUUGACAGUCAUACAGAUUGGUUUGAUGUUCCUGAUAGGUCCAGGCUUAUAUGCUUUCACAGCACCUCUGUGGGGAUGGAUAGGAGACACAAAAAAACUACCAAAAACACUGAUAAUCUGUGGAAAUUUCACCAUGGCGUUUGCUUUUUGCUUACUUGGGCCUUCUCCUCUUUUCCCAUUUUUGCCUUUCGCAUUGUGGGCACAGGUUGUUGGUUGUGUAUGCCUCGGGAUUUUCCUGGGCUGUGCUCUGAUUCCCACAUUUAGAACAUUACUGGAUGGUGCUUUUCAAAUUGGAUUUGAAGAAAACUUUGUUACUUUUGGGAUGGUGUCUGGAUUAUUCAACUCAUGUUUCUCGCUAGGGGCUUUCCUUGGACCAACAGGAGGUGGAUUAUCGGUGGAACAGCUCGGCUUUCCUUGGGCAGUCACAGUUUGUUGUGGACUUUUUAUUUUAGCUGGACUUGCAAUGUUGAUAUAUUCUAUUGUGGAGAGAUACUCAAACUGUAUACCUUCUGUGCCAGUCACAACAAAGAACGGGUACAAUCAACUGCAGAUGGACGAAAUCAUCAGAGACGAUUCGGAUUUUUCCGACGAAGACGAAAAUGCGACACUCUUUGACAGGGAGAGCGUUGUUUGAUACUUAAAUAUAUGUUUUAGCAUUUGAUCUCAGAAUGGCAGCAGGUAUCACAACUAGUCCUACAAUAUAAGUCGUCCUGGUUCGACAAAUAACAAAAAUGUAAAUAUCUGAUAAUGAACUUAAAAAAUAAUGAUAUGAACCUUCUAAGUCUGAUAUUAUAGGACUAGUAUCACAACUACAUCAUAUCUCCUAGCAUCUUAAUUGUGGCAUAAUAUAUAUAACUUGAAAGUAAUCUUUAAUUGGGGGCAUAUAUAUAUAUAUAUAUAUAUAUACAUGUAUUUUUUUUUAAAUGUCAAUCAGGUAAAUUAGUCGUCUAUAUAAUUUUAAUCCCUGGGGAUGUAUGAGGGAUGGAUUUAUCUUAAACCUUGUUUACACUUGAUACCAUUUUACACGGGUGGGACAUAUCGUGUAUUGUUACUUUUUGAUAUUAUUGCCUUUCUUACAUUUGUAUUUAUUACGAUGUUGUUCUACUUCUAUUAAAUUCUCUUUACCCAAA